AACUCUUCACAGCUUAAUAAAUAUAGUUUCAGCAAAUUAAGAAGCCGGGUAGAGAGAGAAAGACUCUGGUCAUUUAUCACAUGCGAAUAGAGGAUAAUGUUUCACGGAAACGGAUUAUUCUUUUGAAUCGUUACGAUAUUACACUAAAUGGAGCCGUAGCUGGAGUGGUAGGAAACACAUUUAUGAACUGUCGUACAACAAAUAUACAUAUAUGUGUCAUGUCUGAUGAAAACAUUUCAGCGGAGCCAGAGAUUUGCCCUGAAUGUGAGAUCGAAUGUCCUGCGGAGGAUCCAUUUGGCUUUGGAGAUGAUCUGGAGUUAAAUCAAUUCGAUGGAUUGCCAUUUUCCUCACGUUACUACAAACUGCUGAAAGAGAGGAAGACUCUGUCAGUGUGGAAGGUCAGGGGCGAGUUUGAAGAUGCUCUGGUAAAGAACCAACUGGUUAUUGUGUCUGGGACAGCGAAGACUGGGAGGAGUACACAGAUCCCUCAGUGGUGUGCAGAGUUCUGUCUCUCCGCCCAGUACCAGCACGGCAUGGUUGUGUGCACGCAGACCAACAAACAGCAAGCUGUAGAUCUGACCCUGCGCGUAGCUGAUGAAAUGGACGUCAACAUAGGCCAUGAAGUGGGCUACACCAUCCCUCUGGAGAACUGCUGCUCCUCCGACACUGUUCUGAGGUACUGCACCGACCAUAUGCUGCUGAGGGAGAUGAUGUCGGACCCUUUUCUGGAGCACUACGGGGUCAUCAUCAUCGACCAGGCCCACGAGAGGACAGUCAGCACGGACACACUGCUGGGUCUCCUCAAGGACAUCCUGCUGCAGAGGCCUGAGCUCAGAGUGGUGGUCCUCGCCGUCCCACCCGCGACCGACAAGCUGAUGAGCUACUACGACAGCGUCCCGCUCAUCAGCCUGGAGGCCUCGUCUCCCGCUGAGGCGGUCCACAGCAACGGCGGCAACAAAGACUACUUCUUCUCAGCGCUGAGACUGGUGCUGGAGAUCCAUCGAACCAAAGAGGAGGGAGAUGUUGUUGUGGUUUUUGCCUCAGCUGAUGAGGUCCAUUGUGCCCACAGCAUCCUCCAGAGAGAAGGCACCAGGCUGGGAGCGGAGCUGGGCCAGAUGGUUCCUGUGGUGCUGUGCCCCCGCCGGGGAGGGCUACUGCCUGAGCAACCCGGCUCCAAGAGGUCCAGGAGGGUUUUCCUCUCUACCACACAGGGGGAGGAUAUGUGGUGGGCCACAGAGUCCAUCAACUUUGUCAUUGACACAGGAGUCCAGAAGAAGAUGGUGUACAAUCCAAGAAUAAGAGCUAACUCGGAGGUUCUUCAACCCAUCAGUCAAUAUCAGGCAGACAUACGCAGGCGGCUGUCUGGACCAACAGGUAAAUGUUUCUGCCUGUAUCAAGAAGACGGCCAGCUUCCGGCAGAGAACUCCCCACAGAUCUUGGAGUCCAACAUUACACCAACAGUCCUCUUCCUAAAAAGGAUGGAGAUAGCCGGCCUUGGACAGUGUGAUUUCAUCGACAGACCAGAUCCCGAGGGUCUCAUGCAGGCGUUGGAGGAGCUUGAUUACCUCGCAGCUUUAGAUGAUGAUGGCAACUUGUCUGAGAUUGGCAUCAUAAUGUCUGAGAUCCCUCUGGACCCUCAGAUGGCCAAAGCGCUGCUGGCCUCCUGCGAGUUUGACUGCGUGAGUGAGAUGUUGACGAUCGCAGCGAUGCUUUCAGCGUCAAGCUGCUUCCUGGAGCCGCCUGCUGGUAUGACCCACGAAGCAGUCCAGUGUCACAGGAAGUUCCAGCACCCUGAAGGAGAUCACUUCACCCUCAUCAACAUCUACAAUGCCUUCAAACAAAGCCAGAGAGAACAAUACUUCACCGCUGAAAAGUGGUGCCAGGACUAUUUCCUUGAUCAUUCCGCCCUGAAGAAAGCUGAGGCCAUUAGAUCAGAGUUGACGGACACCCUGAACAGGAUCGAGCUUCCCAUCUCCGAGCCCUUCUUUGGAACCAAGACCAACACCCACAACAUCAAAAGAGCUCUGCUGGCCGGUUUCUUCAUGCAGAUCGCACGAGACGUGGACGGAUCGGGAAACUACUUCAUUCUGACACACAAGCACGUGGCUCAGGUGCAUCUCCUGUCCAGCUACGGGCCUCAGUCACACAAGCUGGGGCUGCCCGAGUGGGUUGUUUUCCACGAGUACACCCUGUCAGAGAACUGCAUGAGAACGGUCUCUGAAAUUUCCCCUCAAGUGUACAUUCAAAUGGCGCCCCUGUACUUCUUCUACAAUCUGCCCCCUAGCGAAAGCAAAGACAUCCUGCAGGACAUGUUGGAACCAGACAGAUCCAGGAAAUGUGAAGACGGGAAACAGAAAGCCUCCGCAAUCUGCGGCGAUGCCGACAGUGGCUGUGCAGUGGUGUCGCAGUCUUAUGACAGAUGUGUGAUUCAAUGAUCUAAAAUCAUAAAUGAGCUGUAACCUUUUCAUCAAAUGUUGUGAAAUGUUUAAAGGCAAUGCAAACCAGGGGCUUUAAAAUUAAGUUAUUACAUUGCUUAAACUGAUGAUGGUUACAUGAAGGGUGACUCGUAUGAUGACUGCAUGAUGCAAAAUAUAAAAUCACACUUUUUAUUAACUGUUAGAAAUACCUGGGGUCAGGAAAUGCCUUUUCCCUGAUUGUUUUGUACCUUUUAAUAUUGGCUCUGCUCUCCCCUUCAACACCGUCUGUCUGAGAAUGAAAGUGUCUCAAUGGCUCUUUACAUUUCAAUGAGCAGCAGAGGGGUUGCAGAUGGAUGUUGCUGUACUUUAAAGGGAGAAAAACCUUCCAUCACACCUCUUGUGCACGUAACCAGGAGGAUUCAGAUUCAAAGAGACGGUCCAACACACUGCAUGCACUAGCUGCUGGAGAAAACACUUUAUCUCGUUCCUUACACAAAGCUGGCGGUACACCUUUCUCUUCCGGUUAAUGUGGUAUGUAAAGUUCUGGUUUGAGACUGAAACGUGCCAGAUAAAACAAGGAAAUGAUUGUCGAGACAUGUAGAUAUAUAAAGCAUUUAUUAAACAUAGAUGGUGAGAGAUCUACAGAGAUGUUUACAUAGAAAAUCCUCAGAAUGGUGCAACUCCAUUCACGAUUCACAAGUUUUCACAAAUUAAAUUUAUAUU